CAAUAAUAUUAGCAAUGUUUAGUCUAUUUGAAUUGAUACUAUCRUUACAAAAUAUGACUGCAUUACCACUUGUUGCCUAUUAUACACCAUUAAUUAAAUUAUUAACUUUUAUAAUAUCAUCUUCAAUGAUAUAUUACGAGCGCCUGAAAGGUAUUCAUACAUCGAUCUCAUUGUUCAUACUCUGGAUAUUACUAUCGUURACAUCACUCAUCAACUAUAGGACAUUAUUAUCAAUUAUUUUUGGCAAUAAACCAAUAGAUCAAUCACUAACAGAUCAUAUAUUUAUCAUACGUAUGGUAACCACACCCGUACUAGUCGUCCAAUGGAUACUCUCAUGUAUUGCCGAUACUGUUAUCAUUAAAUCAAGAAAUGAAAAAUUUGAAUGUCCUAAAAACAGGGCAUCAAUACUGUCGAUACUGACAUUUUGGUGGGUAAACCCAUUAAUACGACUGGGCUAUMGACAGCCGCUAACAAUGUUGGACAUGUGGUCACCGAACAAGUCGUUUCUYACCGAAAAUAAUUUACUAAACUUUCACAAACACUACUUUAGAAAAUGUUUAACAACUAAAAUAUUUCCCAUCAGUGGCUCAAACUAUAAUGUUAUACAACAGGACCAACAAAUGACCCGAAGUUCCGGYAUAUUAUUGCCACUUAUGAAAACCUACUGGUUUUUUGGACUGGUAUUGUUUCUGUUUAAAUUGGCCUCAACAUUGAUGACAUUUAUCAAUCCUAUACUAUUGGACUGGUUUAUUACAUUUGUGUCCGACCYGACCCAACCCGCAUGGCGCGGAUAUUUUUAUUCWYUACUAYUAUUUAUAUCGUCAAUGAUUAUUAGUAUUGUUASCUCACAAAGCAUGUAUUACUCUCAACUGAUCCGACUAAAGAUGCGCUCCUGUAUGACAAAUACAUUGUACCAAAAGAGUUUGKUGCUGUCCAAUGAUGGCCGAAAACAGUAUACAAUUGGCGAGAUAGUGAAUCUGAUGACAAUGGAUACGUUUCGUGUGGUAGAGUUCAUACCAAUGGUCAAUAGUAUGUGGUCKGCGCCCUUUCAGGUGAUCAUUGCUGUCUACCUAUUGUGGCAAAAACUGGGUGUGGCCACAUUGGCUGGUUUAGGUAUUAUGAUAGUGUUGAUGCCGAUGAACGGGUUUGUGGCCACACGGUUGCGCAAAAUUCAAGUGUCGCUAAUGAAACUGAAGGACAGUCGUAUAAAGUUAAUGAACGAGAUAUUGUCGGGCAUACGAGUAUGGAAAAUGUAUGCCUGGGAACAGUCWUUUAAUGAACAGGUGAUGAAAUUGAGGAACAGUGAGAUCGGAAAACUUAUUACACGUGCUUUUUUACACGCAUUCAUUAUGUUCUCAUUUAGUUCGGCACAAGUAUUGGUAUCAAUUGUUAGUUUUGCUGUCUAUGUCCUAAUCGAUAAAAACAAUAUACUGGAYUCAAACGUAGCGUUUGUAUCUCUAUCGUUGUUUGGCAUAUUAGGCAUUCCCUUAACUAUGAUCCCAAACAUUAUCACCAGUUUUGUUAUGUUUACAGUUUCGCUUAAACGAGUCAACAAAUAUUUAAAURGCGAGGAACUGGAUUCMAGUGCUAUAGAACACGACAAUCUUAUUGAAGAUCCAGUGGUUAUAGACGAUGCAUCAUUUGCCUGGUCUAAAGACAAUGUAAUUCCUGUAUUAAACAAUAUAUCRUUAAAAGUGCGGUCAAAUAAACUGAUAGCAGUGGUGGGUCAGGUCGGUUGCGGCAAGUCUUCACUGUUGUCGGCACUKUUAGGCGAUAUGAUUAAAACAGAUGGUGUGAUUAAAGUUAAYGGCAGUUUUGCUUAUGUGCCACAACAGGCAUGGAUUAUGAAUACGACACUUAAAAAUAAUGUACUAUUUAUGAGAUCWAUGGACAGACGGACUUUUGACAAAGUGCUCGAWGCUUGCGCUCUGAGACCCGAUCUGGAAGUACUUCCGGGCGGWGAGGAAACCGAAAUCGGCGAAAAAGGUAUCAAUUUGUCAGGCGGUCAAAAGCAACGGGUGGCAAUGGCCAGAGCCUGUUAUGCCGAYGCCGACAUAUACCUAUUGGAUGACCCGMUAUCGGCAUUGGACGCACACGUAGGCAAACAAGUGUUCGACGACGUUAUCGGACACAAGGGGUUAUUGAGACAUAAAACCAGAAUUUUGGUGACACACAGGAUAUCAGUUUUGCCGAAUGUCGAUGAGAUUGUCGUUAUGAAAGAUGGCUCGAUAUCGGAGUUUGGCUCAUAUAAAGAGCUGCUCGAAAGGAAAGGCAGUUUUGCUGACUUUCUCGUUCAAUACUUGGAAAACUCGGCCGACGAAGAGCUCGAAGACAAUGAAAUCGUUGAUGAAAUUGUAUCGAAAAUUAAACCAGAAUUACARCGCACUAUAUCGCGACAAAAGAGUGCCACAAGUGAUGAAGGAGUCCGAGAAAGAACACAAUCGCGGAUCAGUUUGAUUGAUAAGCCUAAAGAAAAAGCGGGAAAAGUUGAUGGGAUUGAAAAGGGAAGAUUGAUUAGAGAAGAAAAAGCCGAAACCGGUUCCGUUAAACUCAGUGUUUAUGUGGAGUACUUGAAAAAGAUCGGAAUCUGGAGUCUUAUUGCUGUCUUCUUGUCGGAUGUGGCGCUGAGUGCACUCACCUUUGGAUCGAGUCUAUGGUUAUCUAAAUGGAGUGACGACUCUCUUGAUCCCAUCAAACGAUUAGAUGAGUCGCUGAGAAAUUUGCGACUUUGGGUGUACGGAGCACUGGGAGGCGGCCAAACAGUGUUCACAUUGAUUGCCACUAUAUCGAUAACAUUGGCGUGUCUUAAUGGAUCCAAAAUACUUCACAAUGAAAUGUUGGUGCGUAUGAUGAGAGCACCCAUCUCUCACUUUGACACUACACCGAUGGGWCGCAUACUUAAUCGGUUCUCAAAAGAUAUCGAUACWUCYGACACAGUGUUGGGAAUGAGUAUUAGGAGUGCUAUGAGAAGCUUCUUCAGCGCCGGAGUCUCGUUCGCUAUCAUUGGCUAUGAGACUCCUUAUGUAUUGUUGGCUAUCAUACCWGUAGGUGUUAUCUACUACUUCAUACAGCGCUUCUAUAUYAGCACAUCUCGACAGUUGAGGCGAAUCCAGUCCAACGCCCGGUCGCCAGUAAUUGGUCACUUCUCGGAAACGUUGUCGGGUGCGACCAAUAUCAGAGCCUACGAUAUGUCCGAACGAUUYAUYAACGAAUUUAAUACAUUAGUCGACACUCACCACAACACGACAUACGAGUCUACUGUUGCCAAUCGAUGGCUGUCCAUUCGUCUGGAGUUUCUCGGCUAUGUUAUUGUUUUGUUAGAUUCACUAUUUAUUGUCGUUACCCGUAAGUCGAUCAGUCCCGGUAUGGCUGGCUUGACUCUAACCUAUGCAAUGAAAAUUACUAGUAAUUUGAAUGCCAUUGUGGGCGCCGCCACWACACUUGAAACUGAUAUCGUUUCUGUUGAAAGAUGUCUWGAAUAUACACAAACACCAACUGAAGCCGAUUKGUUUGUUAAAGAUACYAAACCCGAUGAUGAUUGGCCUCAAAACGGCUUAAUUGAGUUCAAAGAUUACAGUACCAGAUAUAGAAGUGAAUUGGAUUUAGUGCUAAAACAUAUUGAUGUCAAAGUAAUGGCCGGUCAACGAGUCGGUGUAGUUGGCCGGACUGGCGCUGGAAAGUCGUCGCUUACUUUGGCACUGUUUCGGCUCAUAGAGCCGGUCACUGGAACUAUAGUUAUAGAUUCAGUWGAUAUAUCUCGKAUAGGUCUUAAUGAUCUGAGAUCGAAACUAACAAUUAUACCACAAGACCCGGUACUGUUUAGUGGCAAAUUGCGAACUAAUUUGGAUCCAUUCGAACAGUACUCAGAUGAAGACUUGUGGUCAGCCCUCGAGUUAGCUCAUCUCAAAACAUUUGUGGCCGCACUSCCCGAUCAACUCAUGCACGGCAUUACCGAAGGCGGUGGUAAUCUAAGUGUUGGCCAAAAACAACUGAUUUGUUUGGCCAGAGCUUUGCUCAGACGAAGCCGUAUACUKGUGUUGGACGAGGCGACCGCUGCCGUAGACGUUGAAACCGAUGACUUAAUACAACAGACAAUACGUCAAAAGUUUAUCGGCUGUACUAUUGUGACAAUUGCUCAUCGAUUGAAUACAAUCUUAGACUAUGAUAUGAUAUUAGUGAUGAAUAACGGAUCAAUUGAAGAGUUUGAUUCACCAAAAUCUUUGCUUCAGAAUCAACAGUCAUUGUUCUGGAAGAUGGCUAAAGAAGCCGGACUUGUAUGA